AUGAAAACCUUCGCUCUUUCUUUCCUCCUAGGCCUCGCCAGCCUCGCUACGGCUCGCACUGACCUGCAAGGCUGCGUCUCGUCGGAAGUCAUAGUCGAGCAAUACUACGCCAGUUACAUCUGGUACGUCCCUGGCACCGGCGAGAUCUGCUCGUUCCUCGACUGCGGCGGUGGUCGUGCGCCGCCAAAGACCAACCAACCGGGAUGUCCACUAUACAGCGGAACCGCAACGCUUACUCCCGACUACCUGGCGGGCUGGGGACCCAAUGGCAAACAGGCUGCCUCUACAAGCACCGUGGCGUCAACUUCUUCGGCGACAGCCGCGUCGACCACUGAUGUUGUGCUCGCUUCUGCCACGCAGACUUCUGAGGCGUCGGUGUCGGACUUGUAUUCCGCGUCUUCCGCUUUCGCUUCUUUUUCUUCGUCUGAUUCUUCUUCUGAUUCUGGUUCUUCUUCUUCGUCUUCCCCGUCCAGCACUCAAGCUGCUGAUAGCAUGAUCACGGCUGCUCCUUCUUCUCUCGCCCCGGUCGCUUCUUCGUUGAAGAUUUCCACCUCGUCGGCCUCAUCUACCGGUAACGCUACCUCUUCUGCUGCUGCGGCGACCAGCUCGCCCGCUUUCAAUGCUGCCACUAUCCCCGCCUCUAAUGUUGCCGGUAUCAUGGCCGUGCUUGCCGCUAUGGUCGGAGUUAUGGUGCUGUAA